AUGACGGGCAGUGGCAGUCAACAGCAGCGGCGCAAGGGCUGCAGUGGCAGCCGUGGCCGUAGCGGGAGCCUGGCAGCGCGCGGGCAACAGGGCGUGCGGGGCGCGGGGCAGCGGGGCGCUGGGGCAGCAGGGCGCGUGGGCAGCAGGGCGCGCUGGCAGCAGGGCGCAUGGGCUGCAAGGCACGCGGGCUGCAGGGCGCACAGGCUGCAGAGCGCGCGGGCAGCAGGACGCACGCGGGCUGCAGGGCACGCGGGCAGCAGGGCACGCGGGCUGCAGGGCGCGCAGGCAGCAGGGCACGCGGGCUGCAGGGCGCGCGGGCAGCAGGGCACGCGGGCAGCACUCCGCACGCGGGGCGCAAGGCAGCAGAGCGUGCUGGCAGAUGAGGCGCGCGCGGGCAGCAGGACGCACGUGAGCAGAAGGCGACACGGGCAGCAGAGGCGCGCGCGGGCAGCAGGCGCGCGGGCUGCAGGGCGCGCGGGCUGCAGGGCACGCGGGCAGCAGGGCGCACGCAGGCUGCAGGGCACGCGGGCAGCAGGGCGCGCGGGCAGCAGGGCGCGCGGGCAGCAGGGCGCGCGGGCAGCAGGGCGCGUGGGCAGCAGGGCGCGCGGGCAGCAGAGGCGCGUGCGGGCUGCAGGGCACGCGGGCAGCAAGGUGCACGCGGGGCGCAGGGCAGCAGAGCCCGCUGGCAGCAGAGCGCACGCGGGGCGCAGGGCAGCAGGGUGCGCUGGCAGCAAAGGCGCGCGCGGGCAGCAAGGCGCACGCAGGCUGCAGGGCGCGCGGGCAGCAGGGCGCGCGGGCAGCAGGGCGCACGCAGGCUGCAGGGCGCGCGGGCAGCAGGGCGCGCGGGCAGCAGGGCGCGCGGGCAGCAGGGCGCGCGGGCAGCAGGGCGCGUGGGCAGCAGGGCGCGCGGGCAGCAGAGGCGCGCGCGGGCUGCAGGGCACGCGGGCAGCAAGGUGCACGCGGGGCGCAGGGCAGCAGAGCCCGCUGGCAGCAGAGCGCACGCGGGGCGCAGGGCAGCAGGGUGCGCUGGCAGCAGAGGCGCGCGCGGGCAGCAAGGCGCACGCAGGCUGCAGGGCGCGCGGGCAGCAGGGCGCACGCAGGCUGCAGGGCGCGCGGGCAGCAGGGCGCGCGGGCAGCAGGGCGCACGCAGGCUGCAGGGCGCGCGGGCAGCAGGGCGCGCGGGCAGCAGGGCGCGCGGGCAGCAGGGCGCGCGGGCAGCAGGGCGCGUGGGCAGCAGAGCGCGCGGGCAGCAGAGGCGCGCGCGGGCUGCAGGACGCGCGGGCAGCAGGGCGCGCGGGCCGCGGGCAGCAGGGCGCGCGGGGCGCGGGCAGCGCAGGUAGCGCAUAG